AUGACUAUGGGGGACUGGAAUUUGCUGGGCAGUAUCUUAGAGGAAGUUCAUCUCCAUUCCACCAUAGUGGGCAAAAUCUGGCUCACCAUCCUUUUCAUCUUUCGCAUGUUGGUUCUCGGUGUGGCUGCUGAAGAAGUCUGGGAUGAUGAGCAAGAGGAGUUUGUCUGCAACACUGAGCAGCCGGGUUGUAACAACAUCUGCUAUGAUAAAGCUUUCCCUAUCUCUCUAAUCCGCUAUUGGGUGCUCCAGGUCAUCUUUGUCUCGUCUCCUUCACUUGUUUAUAUGGGCCAUGCCAUUUACAGACUGCAAGCCCUUGAGAAAGAGAGGCAGCAGAAGAAAGCCUACCUUAAAGAGCAGCUGAAAGAGAUAGAACAUAUUAUAGAAGAUCACCGGAGAAUAGAGAGGCAGCUGAAGAAGCUGGAAGAACAAAAGAAAGCAAGCAAGCCUCCCUUGCAAGGGGCUUUGCUAUGGACCUACAUCCUUCAUAUCUUGACCCGAUCAGUCUUAGAAGUGGCCUUCAUGGUGGGCCAGUAUCUUUUGUAUGGGUUCCAAAUGAAUCCACUGUAUAAGUGCACCCUCCCACCCUGUCCUAACACUGUGGAUUGUUUUGUGUCCAGACCAACAGAAAAAACAAUCUUCAUGGUUUUCAUGCAUAGCAUUGCAGCUGUUUCACUCUUUCUGAAUCUCUUGGAGAUUGUUUAUUUGGGGAUCAAGAAGAUUAGAAGCACCCUUUUUAGGAAGUCCAAGAAGAAGCUAAUGACCGCCGAGGAGGAGGCUAUCUUUAAUUUCCCCAAGAAAAAUUCAAUGAUGCAGCAGAUUUGCAACAUGAGUGAUUCAUCCCACCAAGAUAGUUACAAAUUUAGGUCAGAGGAGCAAGCGAGGCUACCCGUCUCCUUGAAUCUUGAAGAAGGAUAUAUAUUUACUGAACAAAACCAGCACCCAGGCAAUGGAGAGCAACAAUGGCGCAGAAACUGCAGAAGCUGGACCAAUCAGUAUCCAGAUCGACCACAUCCUUCUUAUGGGCAUCUCGGAUACCCCAAUGGGAAUGGAGAACAUCAACAUAGGCUGUUUUCCAGGCAUUAUACAAACCUCAUGAGUCAAUGCCAUAACGAUGAGCAUCUGAUUGCACCCUGCAGCGCUGACAACAUUCCAAUGGAAGCAGGGCAGCCUGUUGACCUCUACAGAAAGAGUGAAUCCAAUGCUUCAGAUGAGUCCAAGAACCUUCCACACGCUUCUAAAAUUUCCAUAGUAUCCAACCCCAGGGAGAGCCCUCAAGCAACGUUUCAGAAGCAUAGCUGGGAACUUAGCAGCCGGGACUUAGGAGAUGAUAAUGGCAGCUCUCCAAGGACCAUGCCUUACCAGAACCACAACUCCAGCCUUUUACCCAGAAUGCUGUCAAAGAGCCAGCUGGAUAUCGACUCGGUGACCUCAGACUCACAGAAUGGCUCGGUCUUGGAAGCUAAAUGGCAAGAUGACAGCAGCCCUCCUAUCACACCCUCAUUUUCUGCCCCGAGGGGACGCAAAAUGUCAAUGGCAAGUAAACCCAAACGACCUGGUAGAUGGACUCUGUUGUUGGGCACUUCUAAAUCUAAGACCCUCGCAAAUAUAAUGGGCUUUCACCAGUGUUGA